AUGAGGACCCUUGCUCUUCUCGCUGCCCUUCUCUUCUUGGCUCUCCAGGCCCAGGCUGAGGCCCUUCGAGAGACAGCUGACCAGGUUCCUGCCCAGGACCAGCCAGAAGCCAAGGACCAGGGUGAUCUUUGGGCUGAAGACCAGGACCAGGCUGGGGAUGAUGACCAGGAUGUGGCCAUCUCCUUCACAGGAGAGGAACGCCUCGCUCGAGCUGCAGAUCUCCAGAACACAAACUAUUGCACAUGCCGACGAUCCUUCUGCAAGUUCUAUGAGCGUCAUAAUGGAAAAUGUAAGAUUCGCGGCCAUAAAUACAAGCUUUGCUGUAAAUGA